GGGCGGUUCCUGCGCUGUCCCUCGCCCGCCGCCUGUCCCAGCUCACCUCGUCCAGGGACAUGACGGGCACGCCUGGCGCCGCAGCCACCCAGGAUGGCGAGGGCCCGGAGCGCUCCCCACCCUGCAGUCCGAGCUACGAUCUCACGGGCAAGGUGAUGCUUCUGGGAGACUCAGGCGUCGGCAAAACCUGUUUCCUGAUCCAAUUCAAAGACGGGGCCUUCCUGUCCGGGACCUUCAUAGCCACCGUCGGCAUAGACUUCAGGAACAAGGUGGUAACCGUGGAUGGUGUGAAAGUAAAGCUGCAGAUCUGGGACACCGCAGGGCAGGAGCGGUUCCGCAGUGUCACCCAUGCUUAUUACCGAGAUGCCCAGGCCUUGCUCCUGCUGUAUGACAUUACCAACAAGUCUUCUUUCGACAACAUCCGGGCCUGGCUCACUGAGAUUCAUGAGUACGCCCAGAGGGAUGUGGUGAUCAUGCUCCUAGGCAACAAGGCGGAUGUGAGCAGUGAAAGGGUGAUCCGUUCAGAAGAAGGAGAGAUGCUGGCCAGGGAGUACGGAGUUCCCUUCAUGGAGACCAGCGCCAAGACAGGCAUGAAUGUGGAGUUGGCCUUUCUGGCCAUUGCCAAGGAGCUGAAAUAUAGAGCCGGGCGGCAGGCUGAUGAACCCAGCUUCCAGAUCCGAGACUACGUGGAAUCCCAGAAGCGGCGGCCCAGCUGCUGCUCCUUCUUAUGAAUCCCAAGGGUCUGAGAGCAAGCCCCGCAAGGAUGCAGCCUUCUCCCUCAGACCGGGUUUAGUCUGAGCGACUGAGCCAAUGGGGAGAGAGUUGAGGGGACCCAGUGCACGGCCCCUUCUCUGAAGGAGCUGUCCUCCCGCCCCUACCCUAGUUCCUGUAGCUUCCCUGCAUCCUGGGGGGAGGGCAAAAUAUUUAUAUUUCAUUUUAAUGAUACAUAAUUUAAUCAAAGUGGUACCAGAAGACUGCAGAAGGGAGCUGGUGGCCCUUUUGCCUUCUAGUGCUAGGACUUAGGGGCCUGGGCCUCCCUCCUGGCCACCGUGAGAGUGGUAUUACUCCAGCUCCACACUAGGGGGCACUGAUGCACUUCUGGGGCAUGAGGGCAGAUAGUGACCCCAUUCCCACUCUUCUGCUGGCGAGAGGCAGAGCAGACCCAGGCCUUCAUUUCCUCCCGCUCCCCAGAGAACAAUCUUCCCCAGUGAGCAGGGCCCUCAUGCGGGCAACCAAAGCCUCAGGGAAGGUGAGACAUGGAGAUUGGUCAGGGACCCAGCUCCCUGGAGGGGAAGAGGAGUAGCAGAGAUUAGGUCUGGCUGACUGGCUACCUCUGGCCUUACUAGUCCCUCUCUGGGAGAUGGACCCCUUUUCCUCCAGCCCACAAGCACUUUAGGGCACCUGGAAACAUUUGGUUCCUAUUCUCCAGACCUCAGAUCCCAGGGGAGCCCCUCCUCCCUGAAUCUCUGGUCUUAUCUGCCUUUGUGCCUGUGCCCCUAGACACCAAAGGUCACAGAUAGGGAAAGGUUAUUCCGCUGCCCCUACCCUCUGGCUGGUGUGCAGCCCAUGGGCUACUUCUCCAAGCAGCCAGAGUGCUUCUCCUGCAUAAAAAGCCAGAUAAAGAGGAAGCCGGCACUCAUGGAGUAGAUGGGAGGCAGAAGGGGGCAAACCUCACUCCACAUGUAACCCCCUAAACCCAAGUGCUGCCUCUUCCCUGAUCACCCACAUCCUUCUCUUCUCAGACACACGUCAGGGCCAAAACUGCUUUAUCUCCCUUUGUACUGAGCCAGGUUAGGGAACUAGAGUUCCUCCAUUUCUGGGUGAACCAAUGCAUUGUAUGCAAUACAAGGUCAUAUGGGUAAGAUUUGGGGGGGGCGGGGGGAGGAGCGGGGAGAGGCAGAAAUGGGAGGACCGAGGUCACAUGUCUCCCAAAGCCCUGACCCCAGCAAUGGGAAGAGGGCAGGAGACACACAGAUUAUGACUUAGAGGUACCUUUACUCCUGCUCUGUAUGCCAGGGGCGGGGGAGAGGGGUGAGAAAGGUAUGCACUGCACAUUUCUGAGGCUACUGCAUUUGCUUUCAAGGCAGAAAUCUUGCUCUCUGAGCAGAGUCAGCAGCUCCAACUCGGCCGGCCGAUAAGGAAGCUCUUCGAGGCCUCUCCCAGGAGGAGCAGGGAGGAGCCUGACCUUGUCAGGUUCUUCUGGGGCCCAAGGCAGGUCCCAGGCGAUUCAGUCACAUAGGGCCUCUAGCGUUUGUGUUUUUCAGAAUUAAAUUGCAGUAUUUUGGAAAGCA